AUGGAAAUCUGCACUCAAGAUGAUGAGAUUAAAAAAUUGCGGAAUCUUGUGUUGAAACUUUCCACAGAGCUAGAUCACAAAAACUUCAAGUUGAUGGAAUUGGAAGAAAAGAACACCGAAGACAUAGAAAAUUGGAUGAUAGAGAAAGAAAAGUUGCUUGUUGAGAGGUCUGCAGCAAUUAGUGUAUUGGUGUCUGAGAAUGUAGACAAAGAUCUAUUGCUUGAUGAGAAGUCUGCGCGCAUCAUUGCUUUAACAGAAAAGAAAGAACAAAUGCUUUGUGAGUCCACCAAAAGAAUGAACACUUUUAAGGAAGAGACUGAGAGGCUAAUUAAUGAGAAAUCUUCAGUCAUCAACACUCUGAAGGCGCAAAUUACUGACAAAGACCGGCUGCUUGUAGAGAAAGAAAGGCUUCUUGAUGAGAGAUUAACAUUGAUCAGAACUUUAAAGAUACAGAACACAGAAAAGGAGACACUCAUUGAGGAGAAAUCUGCAUCCAUUAACAAAUUGAUGGCAGAGAAAGAACAAGGGCUUGAAGCUUAUCUAAAAGAAUUAAAAAAGACUGAGAACAUGAAGCUUGAAAAUGAGAAGCUCUGGCGUGAUUUGGAUUCUCAAAAGGAGGAAUUAGAAAGGUUGAUCAAGGAGCAGAAUGAAUUGGUGCAAGAGGAGCUUGAGGAUUCGAAGGUCCAAAUCGUGGAGGAGAUGAACUGUUCUACUGUAGGAGAAGCGGAGCUGCAAAUGCAAAAUCUGGAAGAUUUAAGAACUGAGAUUCAUAAUUUAAGAAAAGAAAUGGAGGAAAAAGUGGAGCUACUGGAGAGCUUGGAAAUGGACAAUCAAAUUCUGAUGGUGAAAGAACUAAGGAGUAACCGCGAGCUACAAUUUGCUCGCAAAGCUGCUAUUGAAGGUUUGCUAGCCAUGCAGAGACCUAGGAUGAACAUUGGGAUCAAAAGAAUGGGAGAGGUCAAUCUGAAGUCUUUUAGAGAUGCUUGUUCUAAAAGGUUUCACAGUGGAAAUUGGGAUGAGAAAUUUGGACACUGGGAAGAAAAGUCCGUGGAGUUAUGCUCAUCGUGGCAAAGGGAUAUAAGUGAUCCUUAG